AUGCAAAACGACAAGACUGCAACCCCCGUCCUCGACGGUGUGCCCACCCUUUCACCCGUCUCAUCCUUUUCCUCCAUCAUGCCCGGCGGCGCCGAAUCCUCAACCCGCCGUCAGCGUAUUGCCAUGGCAUGCCAGUAUUGCCGCCAUCGCAAGAUCAAGUGCUGUGGUUCGUCGCCCUGUGCCAACUGCACUCGCGCCCGUCGCACCUGCGACUACUCGCCCGUCCCCGAGGAGGUCAACCGCGCAACCCGCGAGAAGAAGGCGGCAGCCAAGGCCGCAAAGUCUGCCUACACUACGCAGCGCGUCACUCCUUACUAUGUUGACCAGUCUGUCUACUCGAUGCCCUACCUGGCUGGACCAGGCCCCAUCCGUGGCACUCAUGUUCCUCCUCGUCGCGCCUUCUCCACCCCAGGUCUCGGUGCAGGUGCCCUCCCGGCCUACUCGCCCCUCCCCCCGGCGCCUGCCAUGACAUCGCCUGCUCACUUCGAGUCCCCCUGGUUCCAGGGCCCGCCCGUGCCGGUCAUCAAUGUCUCUCCGAUGGUCCACUACACCAUGGCCCCGGACGCCACCACCAUGCCCGAGUCCGACGACAUGUCCGCCUAUGCUGCGUACACCACCGCGCCCGUCUCGCCCACAGAGUCGUCUACGUCGACUUCGUACCCCAUGCCCGUGACCCCCGUCCGCAAGCCUCUGCUCCAAACUCCGCCUCACACCCCAAACACGGCCUACUUCCAGACCACUCCAAACCUUCUCACAUACACGCCUCAGCCGUUCCCGUUCUCUCCUUCGCCGCUUGCCCAGUCGACCUUCUCGACUUCCCCAACGCUCUGCCCUGGCCUUCCCGUGCAGCAGAAGCAGCCCCAGCAGCCCCUGGUGGGCCUGGGUAUUGGUCUCACCGUCGACGAGCCCGCUUGCUACACCAGUACUGUCGGCAACGAGUAUCUCUCUGUUGCCAAUCCCUGGAACCAGGCUGUCGAGCACUCGCCCUACCUUUAG